AUGUCUUCCUCCAAGCCUCUCCACACUUACCACCGUCACUCCAAAUCAAAAUCCACUAACAGGGUGGAUUUCAUUCCUUCAAUUCCUAGGGCUCCUAGGAUCCGUCCCUCUUCCUCUGUUCCUGUUGGAGAUUCCUCUCCUUUUGUGUCUUUUGCGGCUGCCUCCUUCUUUGAUGAGGUUGUCUCAAAGAGAAAAUUUAUUCCUGAGAGGACUUAUCAGUUUGAUGUUGUUCCCUUGGCGGCUCAGGAAUCUGCAAAUCAGAUUUUGGAGCACUACCACCUUCAUGCCCUAAACUCUCUCUCUGGUAAGUUUAAUAUCUCUGUCGUUCAAGAGUUUUACUCUAACUUUCCUGCUGACCCUAAGGAGUCAAAGUAUCAGAUUUUUGUUAGGUCAAUCCCCAUUACUCUGAGACCAUCUGUUCUCAAUCGGGUCUUAGGUUUUCGAUCAUGCCCUGGUUUUGAUUAUGCAAAAUUUGCUCUUGCUUCUGCUGAAUACUCUGUUGAUCUUUUUAAAUCCAUGGCUUACACUGAUCAAUCUAUGCCUUUGACUUCUAAAGGUCUGCCUAUCAAGUCUUACCUGUCACCUUCUUAUAAAUUUUUGUGGGACUUUAUCCGUCAUAAUGUUCUCCCCACUGGGAACAAUUCUAAUCCCACUCUUGCUGCCUGCCAACUCAUGAUUUCCAUGGUGAAUCAUGAUAAAAUUCCCCUUGGUGAUAUCCUUUAUAAUGCCAAUCUUGGAAAAACCAUUGGUCAUGGUACCAAGCACAAGGGGACUCUUGUGUUCCCCUGUCUGAUUCAGCGCCUAUGCGAGAGAAACAGGAUGGUAUUUCAUGAUUCCGAUCAGUGGCAUCCUCCCAUUGCUCUUUAUGGCAAGGCCUCUGCUGCCCUUAGCCAGAAAGUUUCCAGAACCUUUCUCACUUCUAUGUUGUCUUCCUCUGAGAAUGCCUCUCUCGGAGCUCAGCUGGCUGCCAAGGAGGAGUAUAUUCAGCAUCUUUUGAGCCUCAUUCCAUCCACUUCGACUCCUGCUGCUGCUGCUGCUGAUGCAGAUACUCAGCCUGCUCCUGCCACUGUUGAGGACUCAAAUGACUCUGUGGAUUCUGGUGGCUGUUUGGUUUUUUAG